UAACAAUAUUCGGUGAGAUGGACAAACGUGAAUGGUCAAGGCCGAUGAUGACCAGGAUAUGAAUCUGGAAUAUAAAUGGACCGGGUUAUUCGUCCAGAGCAUCAUUCUGAUUCUGAUUUCUUGCUACCAUCCAGUCGCCAUGGCAACGAUAAGAUGUCUGAUACUUCUCUGCUCUCUGCUGGUUGGCGUGAAUUUCAGUUUCGUAAAUUCUCUUGGAUAUUCGUCUGAAGGCCAAGAACAGGAUCUGGGGCAGAGCCAGGGACGAGGUCAAAUUCAACGUCAGGAUCAAAGUAUUGGUAGUUUCGGAGGUGGUCGUGAGGGUGGCUUCGGGCAACCAGAAGGUUUCAGUGCUGGCUCGGGCGUGUCCCGACCUGGUGUUGAAGGAAAAAGUUAUGGAGGAUCGCAGUAUGGUGGACAGCCAGGAGUCGAAGACGCACGUCAGUACAACUUCCGGAUCUACACGGAGCCUGAAUAUUAUGGUUACGAGUCCAAAUUUCCUGGAGGAAAAGCCAUGUUCAAAUCCUAUCGUUCAGCAGAGUCUCGUUUGGGUCGCCACGGACAGCAGAGUCAGUACGACGACGACAGGGCUCGAAGUGGCAAAUCUUACGACAAUUUUGGACCAUCCGAGGGCCAACAGCAGCCUCAGUACUAAAAGGGCCCAAAGCUUCGGCAUUGCUUGAUGACUAAAAGACCACGUCUGGUUCUUUAAUGUAGUGUGAUAAUCUAGCGUCUCAGUUUACUGUGUAUUAUAAUUGUGACUACCGUUUUUAUAAUUCUAAUUACUAAUAAAAGUUCAUGUACAA